CCUGGAAGUCUACAUGGCUGAUCGUCGUAUCGAAUCUCUCUAUCCUCCAGGGAACAGCUGCAAUACCCGAUCCCAGCCCACUUGUUGUCGUCGUUCCCCUCCUUCCUUGACGUCAACGAACACAAUCCGCCACGCGCGAGCCGCAAGGGCGAGCACGUGGUGACCUGCUGUGUUGGACCCGAGGAGUAAUGGACAUCCUGUUCAGUAUAAGAAUCGGGCUGGGCUCGCCUCGCCGGGACUUCCCAUCUCCAAUUCUUGAAUCUCCGACUAUCUUACCUCAAAGCACCCAGUCGAACAAGUUCUCAUGUCGUCACAUAUCGUCUCCGACACAGCACAGAGGGUGAAGAACAUGGUUGUUGGCGAGAAGAACCGCAAGGUCGCCGACCUCGACGCCGUCACCCAGGAUGUGUCGCCAAAGGAUAGGAUCACCUCCGACUUCGGCGUUAAGGAGGGCAACGUGGACGAGUGGCUGCGCGCAGUCGACCAGGACAAGACAGGCCCGGCACUGCUGGAGGAUUCAUUCUCUCGCGAGAGGAUUCAUCGAUUUGACCAUGAGCGCAUUCCCGAGCGGGUUGUCCACGCUCGAGGAGCCGGCGCGUUCGGCAACUUCCGGCUAUUCCAGAGCAUCGAGGACGUAACCAGCGCCGGCGUUCUCACCGAUACCUCCCGCGAGACACCCGUCUUCGUUCGCUUCUCCACCGUCCAGGGCUCCCGCGGCAGCGCUGAUACCGUUCGCGACGUACGUGGAUUCGCCGUCAAGUUUUACACGCAGGAGGGCAACUGGGAUAUCGUCGGAAAUAAUAUCCCCGUCUUCUUCAUCCAGGAUGCCAUAAAGUUCCCCGAUUUCGUCCACGCCGUAAAGCCGGAGCCCCACAACGAGGUGCCGCAAGGGCAGACUGCGCACAACAAUUUCUGGGAUUUCGUCUUCAUGCACACGGAGGCCACCCACAUGUAUAUGUGGGCAAUGUCGGACCGUGCCAUCCCCCGCUCCUACCGCAUGAUGCAGGGCUUCGGCGUCAAUACGUUCGUGCUGGUGAACAAGAAGGGCGAGCGCCACUUCGUCAAGUUCCACUUCACGCCCGAGUUGGGUGUGCACUCGCUGGUCUGGGACGAGGCGUUGAAGAUAGCUGGCCAGGAUCCCGAUUUCCACCGCAAGGACUUGUACGAGGCGAUUGAGAACGGGGCAUAUCCGAAGUGGAAGUUCGGCGUCCAGUUGAUUCCCGAGUCCAAAGAGCACGAUUUCGACUUCGACAUCCUCGACGCGACAAAGCUGUGGCCUGAGGAUCUCGUCCCGGUUCGAUAUAUCGGCGAGCUCGAACUCAAUAGAAACGUCGACGAGUAUUUCACCCAGACCGAGCAGGUGGCAUUCUGCACAUCCCACAUGGUUCCAGGGAUUGCCCACUCGGACGAUCCUCUUCUCCAGGGACGCAGCUUUAGCUACUUCGACACGCAACUCUCUCGACUUGGGAUCAAUUGGCAGGAGCUUCCCAUUAACAAGCCUGUCUGUCCUGUUAUGAAUUUCAACCGCGAUGGACAGGGUCGACACACGAUCAGCAGAGGAACGGUCAACUACUGGCCGAAUAGAUACGAAUUACGACCACCUGCCCAGGCAUCCGAAGGCGCGUAUCCGGAGCCCAAUUUCCCCGUGCGAGGGGUCAAGGCGCGAACCAAGAGCACCAAGUUCAGAGAACACUACAACCAGGCCCAACUGUUCUAUAACAGCCUCUCAAAACACGAGAGGCAACAUGUUGCGGCCGCUUUCUCGUUCGAAUUAGAUCACUGCGAUGACCCUAUCGUAUACGAGCGCAUGUCGCAACGAUUGGCAGAGAUUGAUCUGGGACUGGCCCAGACGGUGGCCGAGAUGGUUGGAGGCACCAAACCUGACAAGGAGACGAGGGAAAAUCACGGCAGGAGGGCCACUAAGCUCAGCCAAGUCGAGUUCCGACCCGACGAGCCAACUAUCAAGAGCAGACGCAUCGCUAUACUUAUAGCUGACGGAUUCGAUGGAGCGGUCUACGCCGCCAUUAAAGCGGCAAUUCAGACAUCCAGCGGGCUCCCGUUUACGAUUGGUACGCGCAGGUCGGAAAUAUUCGCCGCUAAUUCGUCCCAAAACCCGGGGAGCGGCGUAAAGCCCGAUCAUCAUCUCGAGGGGAUGCGAUCCACGUUGUUCGAUGCCGUAUUUGUCCCCGGCGGUGCGGAGUCGAUCGAGACCUUGUCCGAGAGCGGGCGGGCGCUGCACUGGCUUCGUGAAGCGUUCGGCCACCUUAAGCCUAUCGGUGGCACCGGGGAGGCGGUCCAACUGUUCCAAUUAGCAUUCCCGAUACCCGAGAUUCGGGUCUCGACAGAUAGCAGGCCAGUCGAAUCCUACGGAGUAGUAACGAUGAGCAAGGCAGCCCCUGACAGGCUAAGGGAAGCCGUAGACAUCGUUAAGGAGGGGACGGGGUUCUUGGACAAGUUCUGGUACCAGAUUUCGCAGCACAGAAAUUUCGAUAGGGAACUGGCGGGGCUCAACGCGCGGGUCGCAUAUUGA